AUGCACACCAUCCUGAGUGAGAGCCUUCAUGUGCUUCACUCCGACAUCAAGAAGUCUGGCAAGCUUGACAACAAUGACUUCUCUGUCAUGGUGGUGCCUCAGAACACUUGCGAGGCUGCUGAUGCCAUCUACCACAUUAAGAGGGGCAAGCCGAUUGCCAUGGUCAAUGAAGAGUUGGAGAAGGCCCAGGCAGCCUAUCACUGUCAUCAUGACGACUCCAGCAAGAAGGGUGAAUCCUCCCGUUGUGCAGACAAGGGCAAGCAGCAGGCCAAAUUGACCCAGAAGGCCAUGAAGGAAUUGGCACUCUGUCCAGAAGAGUGA